UUAUUGAUAAAAUUUUGUUAUUGAAUUUGAUACUGCAUUUAGUUUACUAACUUAUUUAAAUGAACCACUAAAUUAUUAAACUUUUCCUCAAAAUACAUAUAAAAACUGUCAGACAUGUUCUCACAUGCAUCCUCCUGUUCCUUGUUGAAAUAGCAUCAAAUUUCAGCAUUUUAAAACCAGGUUUACUUGGUGAAUGAACUCUCUUUCCUGAAGUUUUCAACAUCCUAUGACUUAUCAUCAGUGAAGGUCUCUCUACUGGUCCAGGAUUUUGCUCAGUUUCACUUAUAAAUAGUAAUACUAGAAUCAGAUCCAACAAAAAUGAUCUGUCGAUUUCCCAUAUACAUUCUCAUCUACGUGGGUCGUUCAAUAAGUCCUUAGAAAAUCCAAUAGAUGGCGCUUGUAGCCUCAAAAAUGGCGCGUUUUUUGUAAGCAUGAUGUUUCACUAGACAGUUGUGAAAAUCUCAGUCAUAUCCAUGAUAUGGUUUAAUUUUUAUUGUCAAUUGAAGCAAGAAACUUUUGUUUAUUUAGAAAAAUGGAAAAAAGUGAGUUUCGAGCGGUGAUUAAACACUUAUAUUUAAAAGGCUUAACACCAAAAGAGAUCAAAGCUGAGUUGGAUGAAGUUCAUGGCACAUCUGCUCCUGUGUUUGCAACUGUUUACAAUUGGGUAAAUGAGUUCAAACGUGGUCGUACAUCCACAAAAGAUGAACAUCGUUCGGGACGUCCAGUGGAAGUGACUACUCCCGAAAUGAUUGACAAAAUCCACGAUAUGGUUUUGAGUGAUCGACGAAUCAAAGUGCGUGAAAUAGUUGAGGCCACAGGCAUAUCACAAGGUACAGUGUUUUCAAUUUUGCACGAAAAAUUGGGUGUGAAAAAAAUCUCGGCAAGAUGGGUGCCGCGUUUGCUCUCAGUGGAGAAUAAACGUAAUCGUGUGGUCGACUCUGAGGCAAUUUUGGCACUUUUUCGUCGCAAUCCUGACGAGUUUCUGCGUCGAUACAUAACUGUGGACGAAACAUGGAUACACUAUUAUACUCCAGAGACCAAAGAACAGUCAAAACAGUGGGUUUUUGAAGGCGAAAGGGCUCCAAAGAAGGCGAAGACAGUGAAAUCGGCCGGGAAGGUGAUGGCCACGGUUUUUUGGGAUACACGCGGAAUCAUCUACACCGAUUACUUGGAAAAAGGAAAAACAAUAACUGGAGAGUAUUAUGCAUCAUUAUUGCACCGGUUGAGCGAAGAAAUCAAGGAAAAACGUCCUCAUUUGAAAAAGAAAAAGAUCCUCUUCCAUCAAGACAAUGCACGGGUGCACACCUGUGCAGUUUCAAUGGCCAAAAUCACGGAAUUAAAGUUUGAAUUAUUACCACAUCCACCGUAUUCACCGGAUUUGGCCCCCAGUGACUUUUUUUUAUUUCCAAAUUUAAAAAAAUGGCUUGGUGGACAACGAUUCACGUCAAACGAGAUGGUCAUUGCCCAAACAAAUGCCUAUUUUGAGGACCUUCCGAAAUCUUACUUUUUAGAUGGCUUAAAAAAGUUGGAGAAACGCUUGGAAAAGUGUAUAGAGCUUAAAGGAGAUUAUGUUGAAAAAUAAAAAAAAAUCUACCUAAAAUAAUUUGUUUUUCUAUCUUUUUCUAAGGACUUAUUGAACGACCCUUGUAUUUCAAACAGCAGUUUACUAAAUAUACCUUUAUGUUAACUCAGCAAAGAAACACACCAAUAGCAAUCACUGCAAACAGCACAUUUGGUACUAAAAUAUUAAAUAUAUUUUAUAUAAUGUGUAUAUAUAUGUA